AUGGUAGUGAGACCAUGGUGUUUGGCCUGUCAGUACCUUCUUGCUCAUGAGUAUGAGGGUAAUAACAAGCCUAAGUUUCCAUAUAAACCUUGGAAGAAACCGAAACCGAGGUCUUACAACAAGAACUACUCGAGGGAAUCUAUCCUUAGUCAGAAAGUCGGGACCCCACCUCAUACCACCCUCCAAAGGCACACUAAAGCAAACAAAAGUCUCCUCCUACCUAGGUUUUACUUCCCUCACGGGAAAGUACAAAAUCAAGCCGAACGCCACCUUAUCCAAGAAGCUAUAAGAACUGUCUUUCUCAGUCUUCCCAACCAGCAAGCUACCUUGGAUAAAUUUGGAGCUGUUACCAAAGCUUGUGGAUGCCCGCUUUACUGGAAAGCUCCUUUAUUUAUCGCAUGCGGAGGCGAAAAGCUGGGCUAUGUCGAACUGAAUAUGGUUCUAGACUAUUGGAGGGAGUUGACCUCUACCUACCAUGACCCCUCAUCCAAGUUCCUGAAAAUCCUUAGCCGCAGCCAGAACAGGGAUUACCUCAUUCCCGAAGAUUUCAUGCCCCUCGUUCAAGAUGUCGUGGAUACACAUCCUGGGCUAACCUUCCUCAAGGAAGCUGUAGAAUUUCAUUCUAGAUAUGUUCAUACUGUGAUUUCACGAAUUUAUUAUUGUGUGAACAGUUCGUGGACAGGCAGGAUAACGUUACAAGAACUUCGUAAGAGUAACCUUUUGCCAGUUAUCUCGCUACUCGAAAAAGAAGAAGACAUCAACCAAGUUACACAAUAUUUUAGCUAUGAACAUUUUUAUGUAAUAUAUUGCAAAUUCUGGGAGCUGGACCGAGACCACGAUUUAUUUAUUGAUAAGCAUGACCUCGCCCGCCAUAGUGAUCAUGCUCUCUCUACCCGCCUCAUCGAUCGAAUUUUUUCUGGUGCCGUUACCAGAGGAAGGCAGUCCAAAGAUACAGACAAACAAAACAAGAUGUCGUAUACCGAGUUUGUUUGGUUUUUGUUAGCCGAAGAAGACAAAUCUCAUCCCAGAGCCAUAGAAUACUGGUUCAGGUGUAUGGAUCUUGAUGGUGAUGGAUAUCUCUCCAUGUACGAACUAGAAUACUUCUAUGACGAACAGCUCCAGCGAAUGGAGGGAAUCGGCAUUGAAUGUUUACCUUUCGAAGAUUGCCUUUGUCAGAUGUUAGACAUGAUCAGGCCAGAGGUCCCGGGGAAGAUAUCGUUAAGCGAUUUGAAAAAAUGCAAGAUGACUCCCAUCUUCUUCGAUACCUUCUUCAAUUUAGAAAAGUAUUUAGACCACGAGCAGAGGGAUCCGUUCGCAUCGCAAAGGGAUCACGAAAAUGAGAUGUCCGAUUGGGACCGAUACGCGGCUGAAGAAUACGAGCUGCUGGUUGCUGAAGAAGGAGGCAACGAUAUUCAGGAACCACUUAUAUAUGGGUACUCGACCGAAGAUGAUAUACUGUCACCCAACUUGGAUGAAAUCAUGAAUGGAGGAACUUAUAUAAAUAACAACAGUAAGCUGUUCUGGCACCAGCCUAACGUUACUGUCACUACUUAUGACGACUUGAACGAUUCCGAGGAUUAUGCAGAUAGCGACAGUCCCGUAUUUGACUAA